AACAUCUCUCUUUGAAAGGCAGAUCUACUUCUUUCUUUAAUGGCUGCGGCAAAUAGAUCACUUUGUUUUUGGGUAAUUCUGAAUCUUUCCUUUAUUUCCAUCGCUAUGGCUCAAGAUGAAAACCAGUUCUUCUAUCAUGGCUUCGAUGAAGCCAAACUGCAUCUUGAUGGCACAGCAAAGAUUCUCCCCAGUGGUUUAUUGCAGCUAACCAACAUUUCUGAGCUUCAAAUUGGGCAUGCUUUCUAUCCAUUCCCAAUCAAGUUCAACAUAUCUUCCCCUCAAUCUCUUUCAUUCUCCACGAAUUUUGUGUUUGCAAUAGUACCAUCAGAGUUUGAUCUUAGUGGCCAUGGCAUGGCUUUUGUCAUCUCACCCACCACCGACUUCAGUAAAGCUGUUGCAAGUGCAUAUCUGGGCCUCUUCAAUAUUUCAAACAAUGGCCAGCCAACAAAUCAUACCUUGGCGGUGGAGAUUGAUACUGUACGAAGUGGUGAAUUUAAGGAUAUUAAUGGAAACCAUGUGGGAAUUGAUGUGAACAGCCUGGAAUCUAUCGACUCUGCUCCAGCAUCUUAUUUUUCUGAUAAAGAAGGCAAGAAUGAAAUCUUGGAGCUAGCGAGUGGAAAUUCUAUACAGAUUUGGAUAGACUAUAAUGGAGUAGAAAAGUUACUCAAUGUAACACUAGCUCCAAUCAGAACCCCGAAACCAAAAAGGCCUCUCUUGUCAAAACUCAUCGAUCUAUCUGAAAUUCUUUUGGACUCUAUGUAUAUUGGUUUCUCUGCAUCAACUGGUACUCGUAAAAGUGAUCACUACGUUCUCGGGUGGAGCUUCAAUGAAAGUGGACAAUCACAAAACCUUGACAUUUCAAAACUUCCUUCACUUCCACCAACCAGAAAAGCAAGGGUGAAAACAGAUCCACUGAUUAUUGUUUUGCCUGUAGCUGGACUGGUUGUGCUAACAAUAAUUGGUGGAGCCGUUUACAUUGUGAGGAAGAAGAAGUAUGAAGAAGCAUACGAAGACUGGGAAAAAGAAUAUGGUCCUCAUAGGAUCUCCUAUAAGAAUCUCUACGAAGCAACAAAAGGUUUCAAAGACAAAGAGCUCAUCGGACAAGGAGGUUUUGGAAAGGUUUACAGAGGCGUACUUCCUUCUACUAAUUUGCAAAUUGCGGUCAAGUUAGUCACUCACGAUUCAGUUGGAGGGAUGAAGCAAUUUGUGGCUGAGAUUGUACUCAUGCGAAGACUAAGGCACAGGAACCUGGUACGACUCCUUGGCUAUUGCAGGCGAAAGGGAGAACUUCUAUUAGUGUAUGAGUAUAUGCCUAACGGAAGCCUUGACAAAAUCUUAUAUGGAAAUUUGAAGCCAAACCUUAAUUGGUUUCAGAGGUUCCGGAUUAUCAGAGGAGUAGCUUCUGGCCUUCUUUACCUUCAUGAAGAGUGGGAACAAAUUGUUCUGCAUAGAGACAUAAAGCCUGCUAAUGUUCUUUUAGAUGUCGAUCUAAACGGGAAGUUGGGAGAUUUUGGCCUCGCUAGAUUAUAUGAUCAUGGCAACGACCCACAAACCACCAACCUGGUAGGAACCAUAGGUUAUCUGGCUCCAGAGCUUCUUAAAACUGGAAAAGCAACUACUAGCACAGAUGUAUUUGCUUUUGGAGCUUUUAUGCUCGAGGUUGCUUGUGGAAGGAGGCCUAUGGCUAUGGAGCCUGGAGAAAAAGAUUUGGUUGAUUGGGUCACAGAUUUCUUGAAAAGAGGAGCUAUUAUUGAUGCCAGUGACCCUAGAUUGGAAGGUAUAUACGUUGAGAAGGAAAUGGAAUUGGUUUUGAAACUAGGCCUCUAUUGUUCAGACUCUAACCCAGAAAGUAGGCCUAGCAUGAAGCAGGUGAUACAGUAUCUGGAUGGUGGUACGAUGUUACCAAAUACACCACCUGGUAGCAUUGUCAUUGGCGAAUUCACAACACGUAACGAACCUCCUGACAAUGUUGUGUCAUUUCAUUCACUGGUGGGUAGUUCUUCUUACACAACGACUACAAAUGAUUCAAACCUCACACAACUUAUUAUUCGAAUGAAGAAGGGAAGACAAAAGCUUGGUGCUCAUGAGUGGAGAUCCAAUACAGGUUGGAUAGACUACGAUGGUGCUGAAAAAUUACUCAAUGUCACUCUCUCUCCUAUUCGAAUCGCAAAACCAGAAAGACCUCUCUUGUCACAGCCCCUCAAUCUUUCUGAAGUUUUCCUGGAGUCUAUGUAUGUCGGUUUCUCAGCAGCAACUGGCACAAUUACAAGUGACCAUAUAUUCUAG